AGAUUCUCUACUCACGCCACUUCCUGAUAUGGACACCAAUCCCAACGAUUUCGCUUCAAUUUCAAAUUACAUUUCCCCAAUGAAAGGGCUGGAGGCUCGGGUAGAUCAUGUAAAAUCAGAAUGUUCAUCUCGUAGAGUUUCCAGCAAUAAAGAAAAUAAUAAUCCAGACAAAGCAGAAAUGCCUAAACUUAGUGUGGAGCCGCUGCACAUGAAGAGGAAGAAGAGGAGUGGUGGUUGCAAUUUGCGGAAAAGUUUAGCAUGGGACAGAGCCUUUUCAACUGAAGAAGGUGUUUUGGAUCCAUUGGAACUUUCUCUGCUUAGUGGUUCAUUGGUUAAAACACGCGGAGAGACCUUGUUCACCAUCAAUGAAGAAGAGCGAAAUCCAACUUCAAAUGACUCUCUACAUGAUGCUAGUUCAGUUUAUUUGAGCUCGAACAAAAAAAGUACGGUUAAAGGAAUUCGAGCUGUAGCUUUAAAAGAAGAAAGUCGGAAGGCCUCAACUAAAAUACCAGCGUCUCACAAUGGUAGAACUAUCUCCAAAUCUAGUAGCUGUUCUCGACCUUUGUCUUCCGCUUCACUGAAAAGGCCUGCAAACAUGAACUUCACUCCUAGUUUUAUAGAAAAUAAAGGCUCUGCUGGAUCAGGUUUUAGAGAUUCUGAGUUACCACAAGCUAGCUACAAUUCAGAAUCCCUAGUUCUACAUAGACUGGAAGAUGGCAAUCCAAAUGAAGCAGAAGAAUCUGACAUUUCUUCAGUUAUUGAUGGUUUGAUUUGUAACUCAAAGUAUGGGAAUAUGAUUCAUUUGAGCGGAGAGGUGAUGAAGGAAGGUUUCAUGGGCGGCUGCAAUAAUUUAACUGGUGGAGAAUUUGAAAAGGUCAAGUCCUUUGCAGUUGAAGAUGACGGGAUCUUUGAUAAUGAUAAGUACAUUAUGAAGAUUAAGAGCAAUUUGAGCAAAGUCCAGAGAGAGCUAAUGAAUAUUGGAGGAGGGAACUGUGAGCCCUUGAAUCUCACAGAUUCAAACUUUAGUGAAGUAAAGAUUGAAAUGUUAGAAGUUGCAUAUCAGCAUGAAGAUUCUCAUAAUCUGAAAGAAGCUUUUACCUGCAAACAGAUCACAGAUAGAGCACAAACAGGAGGUUUAGUAGCAGAUAUCUCAAGUGUAACUUUAUCUGGUGAAAAUUGCGAGACUGAUCCUGAUGGGCUUUCAAUUUACUCAGAACAUAAGUUCCAGGCUGGUAGCGUAUUGCAUUCAAGUGGCCAGUCCCUUAGUAAACAUGUUUGCAUAGAUCAAAGCCAAGAUGGACAGAUUGAUGAAACUGGUUUCUCUGGUCUUCCAUAUCGAUCAGAUGAAAGUGUUUUUGAUAGGUUUGAUGUAACAAGUGUACAGACAGUGGUUGGAGAAGAUCCUGCGGAAAUCAUGUGUCCUAGUCCUGUCAAAAUUACUCUUCCCAGUAAUUGCAAUCAUUCAACAGAUGAAGAAGUCAAUCCUGAUAAGAUUCUUGCAAGUUCAACUACCUGUCUGGAAUUUGGUUCAUCGUCUAGUAGAACAAGAGAAAAAAUGGUAUCAGAUGUACCUGGUUCAAUUGGCGAAUGUAGGAAACCAAUUAUAGAGUCUGUGUUGGAAGUGGUGGAUGAAACUGAAAUACACAAUUCAUUGAACUGUCACAAUGAUGGCAAUUUAACUUCCUCUAUGGAAUUUGGUUCAUCUUCCAGGGGAACACAAAAUGUAAUUGGAUCUGGUAAACUUGGUCCAGUGGGUGAAGGUAACAAAUCGAUCAACGGUGUGCUCCUCUCCAAAGGAAUGAAUGAACUUGAAAUUCAAGAUUCAUCAAUCAAGCUAAAUGAUGGUAAUGAGACCAUCACAUUGAAGCUUGUCAAAUGAAUCAUAUUCCCAUACUUUGAGUU